AAAGUUCGGCCGGGAAUCUGAUGAAUCUUCGGACACGCCAUUCCCAUGCUAUUGGAUCUUAUGAAAUCCUACUCAUUUAAGUUUCUGGCCAGUUUACUUACAUACUUGUCUGCUCAUAUUCUUCCAAAUUCGCGUAUUUUUCUCCAUGGAUGUCCAGCCUCAACCCGUUGUUCUCAUCACCGGCUGCUCUCAGGGAGGCAUAGGACAUGCUCUCGCACGCGCCUUCGCCGCCUCCCGCUGUACAGUGGUGGCUACCAGUAGGUCGCGCUCAUCCAUGGCGGAUCUGGAUCAAGACCCCAGAUUUUUCUUGCAAGAGCUCGAUGUUCUGUCGGAUGACAGCAUCAACCGUACUCUCAACAACGUCCUAAACAAGUACGGUCGGAUCGAUGUUUUGGUUAAUAACGCCGGUGUUCAAUGCGUCGGCCCACUUGCCGAGGUCCCUCUCCCCGCCAUCCACCACACUUUUGACACUAACGUUUUUGGCCCCCUGAAGUUGAUUCAAGCCUGUGUUCCUCAUAUGGCGGCUAGGAAACAGGGAAAGAUUGUAAACAUUGGCAGUGUAACUGCUAUGGCCCCAGGCCCAUGGUCUGGUGCUUACACUUCCUCCAAAGCUGCUCUUCACGCUUUAACAGAUACGCUCAGGUUGGAACUGAGCCAUUUUGGAAUUGAUGUCGUGACUGUGGUCCCUGGAGCUAUAAAGUCAAAUAUUGGACAUUCUGCAGCAGCUAGCUACGACCGCAUGCCUGAACGGAACUUAUUCAAGCCUUUUGAAGCUGCCAUCCGAGAGAGAGCUUACUUUUCCCAGAAAUCCAAGUCCACCCCUACGGACGAAUUCGCUAAACAGACUGUAGCUGCCAUCCUGAGGAAGAAACCACCUGCAUGGUUCUCCCAUGGCCAUCACUCUUUCGUCAUGACCAUCAUGUACCAUUUGCCACUCUUUGUUAGAGAUUUUAUUUUAAGGAAAGCAAUGAAAUGUUGACCACUUGAGCUGCUUAUAUGUUACUGUCCAACAGAACCAAAAAAAAAAUAAUAAUAAUAAUAAUAGAGCUACAUAUAUCUUGCUUUUGUAUGAACUAUUUUCACCGAAUCACUGUCGAUGUGCUUCGGGUCA